AUGGCACCUGGCAGCACAAUCACGGAGUCCUUGGGUCUCACCAUGGUGGAUGACACCAAGACAGCUACCAAGGAGACGAACGGCACAACAGAGACGAAGGAAACAAACGGCCACACAACAAACGGCGGUACCAAGUCCGAUGAUGAGGCUUCCACAUCAAAUGUCGAAGAUGAGAAAAAACAAGACGACAAGCCCAAGGAGCCACUUGCUCCCACAGGCUCAAUCAGCUCCACGAAGAACAUCUAUGCAACCCCCAAAGACAGCGACGGCAACUGGACAUGGGUCGACAAGUACCCCGAAGACGUCCACGAGGCCGCCGAGAAUGAGGAGACGGCCCAAUACGCCGUCCUCGUCCGCAACGUCAAAUCCUCCGACAGCCGCAAGAAGCUCGAGGCCCACUCCAUCGUCAUCCAGUCUCCUUGGCUCAAGACUGCUCUCGGCGAGGUUCUCGAUGGCUACACCGGUGUCGCCUGCGAGCUUGAGCGUCUCGAGUUCGAUGCCCCCUUCCACCCUUUCGUGCAUCGCUGGACCGAGCUGUGCAGAUACAUGAAGAAGUCCGGCCUCGACGAGAAGACGAAGGAGCACCUGAAGAUCCUCCACGACAUCCUGCAAUACGAGAUCGGAGAUGCGAUCAAGGCCUUCGAAGACUACGUCGCCAAGGGCGUCAUCACCUUCCAGCACCUGUGGAUGAUCUUCCAGCCCGGCGCCGUCGUGCUGUCCGCCCACAAGGGCCCCCUCUCGGCCUUCGAGCUGGAGGAGACGGAGUACAAGGCGACGCAGUGCGGAAAGUUCCUGGAGCUGUCCGUCGACUGCGUCGACUACGGCGGCAAGACGUUCGGCCGCUACGGCGAGAGCAUCAAGAUCCCCGAGUUCCUGGGCACCAAGAAGAUCACCGGCCUCAACGCCUACCCCUGGGCCUUCCACGCCGAGAAGGACAAGGUCCGCCAGAGCCUCGUCGCCCGCGGCCAGAUCUUCGAGGAGCUCGCCGGCCACCACUACAAGCAGUACUCCGGCACGGCCAUCACCUGGGACAGCGAGGGCAACGAGGUCCCCAUCCAGGUCGACGGCCGCAUCGUGGUGGACAUCAGCUCCUUCAACAGCUACAGCCCCUACUACCCGCGCUACCUCGACGACUGGAACGCCAAGGACCUCGAGGCCCUCACGACGUGGAAGAGCACACACGGGCCCGGCAAGGACGGGAACCUGAAGUUGACGCCGUACCACCAGAUGCUCGCGCGCUCGCGGACGCGGGGUUACUCCCUCAAGCUGAAGAAGUGGCUCGACUUCUUCAUCCAGUCGGUUGAGGAGAUCACAUGGAACACCAACGCCUUCGAUAAGCUUGUUCUUCCCGAGGACCAGAAGGAGCUGAUUCUCGCCUUCUCCGAGUCGCAGCUCGACGGUUCCACCUUUGACGACGUCAUCUCCGGCAAGGGUAAGGGCAUCAUCUGCCUGCUCUCUGGUCCUCCUGGUGUGGGAAAGACGUUGACGGCCGAGGCCGUGGCAGAGAACCUCAAGGUUCCCUUGCACACCCUCAGCUCUGGCGAUCUCGGCUCCCAGCCCUGGGAAGUCGAGAACGGACUUUCGCGAAUCUUGGAGCUUGUUGCGCGCUGGAACGCCAUUCUCCUCUUGGACGAGUGCGACGUCUUCCUCGAGGCGCGCUCCACCCACGAUCUCGAGAGGAACAAGGUGGUCUCCAUUUUCCUGCGCACACUGGAGUACUACGAGGGCAUCCUCUUCAUGACCACGAACCGCGUGGACAACAUCGACGCCGCAUUCCAGUCGCGUAUUCACGUGUCACUGGAGUACCCCGACCUGACGGUUGACUCCCGCCGCCAGAUUUGGCGCAACUUCCUCCAGGGUGCCACGCUCAAGAGCGAGGUCACGGAGGCGGAUCUGGAGGACCUGGCCACGCUGCCGCUCAACGGCCGACAGAUCAAGAAUAUCCUGAAGACAUCGCAAUUGCUUGCUGCAAGGAAGAAGAGUACGCUCCAGCGCAGCUUCAUCGACACGGUCCUCAACAUUGAGCGGAGGCGUCCCGCUGGCCGCCAAUGA